AUGGAGAUGGACCCCCAGAGACAAACAGGAUCAGAACCCCCGACUCACCCGUGCCGGCCGCGGAGCCGCUCCCCGCCGCGCUGCUGGCUCAGACCCAGCCCGUACCAAGGCAGCGUGCUCCAGGACAGUGUGAGGAGGUACCUGCAGCUGCCAGCAGACCAGACCGUGCUGAUCCUGCACGCCAAAGUGGCACAGAAGUCCUACGGCAACGAGAAAAGAUUUUUCUGCCCCCCACCCUGUGUUUACCUGAGCGGGCCGGGAUGGAAAAUAAAGCAGGAGCAGAUAAAAGCCAGGGACCUGGGAGAGGCUGGAUUUCGGGUGUGUGGGUACAUGGGGCUGGACAGCAUGGGCAGCAGCCUGAUGGAGACCCAGAAGCUGAGCUUUGAGGAGCAGCCAGAUGCAAAGGGGUUCAGCUGUGCCAAGGCGCUGUACAUCUCGGACACGGACAAGCGCAAGCACUUCUGCCUGGUCCUGAAGCUCUUCUUCAGCAACGGGCAGGAGAUCGGCACCUUCCACAGCAAACUCAUCAAGGUCAUCUCCAAGCCCUCGCAGAAGAAGCAGUCCCUGAAGAACACGGACCUCUGCAUCUCCUCAGGCUCCAAAGUGUCCCUCUUCAACCGCCUGCGCUCCCAGACCGUCAGCACCCGCUACCUGUCUGUGGAGGGGGGAGCCUUCAUCGCCAGCGCCAGGCAGUGGGCAGCCUUCACCCUCCACCUGGCCGAGGAGCGCUGCGCCCGCAGCGAGUUCCCCCUGCGGGAAGGGUACAUCCGCUACGGCUCCGUGGUCCAGCUGGUCUGCACGGCCACCGGCGUCACCCUGCCGCCCCUGAUCAUCCGGAAGGUGAUGAAGCAGUACGCCAUGCUGGACGUGGAUGAGCCCAUCUCCCAGCUCCACAAGUGCGCCUUCCAGCUGCAAGGCAGUGACCGCAUGUACCUGUGUCUCUCCACAGACAAGGUGAUCCAGUUCCAGGCAUCUCCCUGCCCCAAGGAAGCCAACAGGGAGCUGCUGAACGACGGCUCGUGCUGGACCAUCAUCAGCACGGAGACGGUGGAGUACACCUUCAGCGAGAGCCUGGCGUGCGUCCGCGAGCCCGUCAGCCCCGUGCCGCUCAUCGCUGCCCUGCAGCUCACAGGCGGUGGGGACGUGGCCAUGCUGGAGGUGCAGGGGGAGUAUUUCCAUGCACACCUCAAGGUCUGGUUCGGAGAUGUGGAAGCAGAGACGAUGUACAGGAGCCCCAAGUCCCUCGUAUGUGUUGUCCCUGAUGUCUCUGCCUUCGGCAGCGACUGGAGGUGGCUGCGCUAUCCCAUCACGGUCCCACUCCUGCUGAUCAGGGACGAUGGCCUCAUCUACUCCAGCUCCUUCACAUUUACCUACACCCCAGAGCAGAGCUGCAUCCCAGGGCAGCAGGUCCUUUCAGAUGUUCCCCAGGACUCAGACAAAUUACUCGACAGCAUCCACCAGGAGUUUACCAGGACCAACUUCCACCUCUUCAUGCAGACCUAG